AUGCCAUCGCCCAGCGACAGAAGGGAAGGCGCCAACUCAGCAACCACCCACCACUGUCAACCACGACAAGCGUCCAAGGCCCAGGACAUCCGGAGGAAGAUGCCUAGCACUGCCAGCUCCACGGCCUCGAGUACUCGGUCAUCAUCACUCAACACCUCCUCCUGCACUACUCACGCUCAUCAAUACCUUGGUGACAACAAAGCCUCCGACAUUGCGUCAUGGACCGCUACGGUGCCGGCCAAAACAACCAACCCAAAUGGAGUCUUGUACGAUGAGGUCGAUCCCACAGUCCAGGCUUACAUGCAGAUGAAAAUGGCACUUUUCCAGAGCAUGUCCAGACCCAAGCAGGACAUUCCGAAAUAA